UACACACAUACACGCGCACCGCACCGAGAACAGCAGAUAUUCCUGAGUGUCUCCUGCGGAAGACUGAACACACACACAAACACGCACGCACACACACACACGCACACACACUCGCACCCAGAUGUUCAUCUGUCGCUUCUAUUUUUUACCCGGAGAGGAAAUAAUCCCAUUUCUGAGCAACAGAAAUGUUCAGUGAAUGUGAUGGAGCUGUGAAAAUGCUGGAUGAUCUGAUUCGCAAGGUCAUGGCCUGUUGAACACCAUUAGCCCUCAUCACGUCGGACCAGGCAAGGUCAUCGCUUCCUUCGUGCUCCCGAUCCCCCUGUCCCUGUUUCCUCCUUAAACCUUGAGGCAGUCACGUAGUUCCGUGUGGGAAGGUGGUAUACCAUGGAAAACCUAAGUGAGCUGCAGAACCCUCUGCUUGAUAAGAACAGCAAGCACAUGGUAAAAGUCGACUAUGGCUACAGGAGUGACUUCCCCAGCAGCCAGUACCAGGAGAACAUCAUCAACUACUUUGUGACCAGCAGCGGAGGCAGAGGCGGAGGUGGAGGAGGAGACGGAGGAGGUGGUGGUAGUGUUGGAGGAGUCGGAGGUCAGGUUGGGGUCACGGCAAUGAACGGUAAAGCUAAGUCUCAGCUCCUGGAUGCCACUUCUCUCCACCUAGCAGUGGAGGCUUUUUACAAGCCCAACUUCAUCCUCUACAAGGAUGACGUCACCAUCAAGGCCAAGGACUACAAAAGCGAGUGCUGCGAGACCACAUUCACUGAAAAGAAAGAGAAGGAUGUGUGCGUUGAGACUCCAAGUGCUGAAGAUUCACAGGCUAAACUCCUGGACGAGAACGAAGUGAAGAUCCAGACCGUGUCCUAUGAAGUGGAGGAGGAGGAGUACGUCGAGUAUGAGACAGACUGCUCCAGCGAGAGUGAGAGUGAAGAUAACUUCAUCGUUGUUCCUCCUCGUGAUCAUCUGGGCCUGGCCAUCUUCUCCAUGCUCUGCUGUUUCUGGCCUCUGGGCAUCGCAGCCUUCUACUUCUCUCAGGGGACCAGCAAAGCCGUGACGAAGGGCGACUUCUCGUUGGCCAGCAUCGCGUCACGGAGAGCUCUGUUCCUGGCUGCUCUGUCCAUCACCAUCGGCACCGGUGUGUACGUGGGGGUCGUGGUGGCCCUCAUCGCCUACCUCUCUAAACCGGGGCAUAUAUAGCAGGAGUGAUCAGGGACUGGAAACUGCAGGAGCUCUGCACUCUGACACCUCCGUCUCACUGACACACCCCGCUUCUCAUUUCCUUUUGCUCCGAGAAAGAGAGAGAGAGAUAGAGAGAGAGAGAGAGAGAGAGAGAGAGAGAGAGAGAGAGACAGAAAUUCCGAACAAGACAUUUUGGGGAAUUCUUUAUUAAAGGUGGACAGGAGGGAAGCCGAUGUUUGCUUGGCCGUGGUCUUGAGUAACUGCAACCACAACCUCUGGGUGUUUUUUAUUUCUUUUUUUUUGUUGUUUUUUUUGCAGCUUUUUGCAGAUUAAUGACCUCAUCACAAAAAUGACAAAACAACUUCAACAUGAAAAACUGAGAACAUGAAAAGAUCGACUGAAAUCUACUUUUUUUUUCUUUCUUUCUAUCAGCUCGGUUAAAUGCAUCAUCACAGGUGUCCAGGGGAUAAAGAAGUCCCUGCUUGGUACCCCAACUCUUUCCCGCUGUGUGUGUGUGUGUGUGUGUGUGUGUGUGUGUGUAUCAUGCUAACAUGGUGCGAGAAAAUCAAGUCCUUGUAUUAUCCUCAUUUAUUUAAAACAGCUAACAGCAUGAAUACUUUAUUAAAAAAAAAAAAAGAAAAAAGUCAAAGUGGACGUCCUGGUUGGAGUCACUGAUGUCUCUGCUCUCGUCGUCCAUUCUCGUGUUCUUCGUUUCUUGUCGUACGUUGUUCUUCGUUUCUUGUCGUAUGUUCGGCCUAAACACAAGGAUCUGAUGCUCCACAACACCAUAAAAAAAGAAAAACUUCCGACACAUCCAGAAAAAAGGAGCAUUGAUCCCAGUGUGUGUGUCUGUGUGAGUUAAACUCUGGCUCAGGAUUACAGCUGAAACAUGGAGGGAAUAAAAGUAACGAGAAACCACAGUACCUUCAAACUGUUUUAUUUGUCAACGAUUGUUUCUUGGAAAUAGGAGACUAUUUAUUUAUUUAUUUAUAAUCACAGUCCUGUCUCUAAAACAUCACAUCUGCGAUCACAGAUGGUCACAUGACUUCAGGAUGAUUGACAGGUGUGUAGGUGUUCUGUACUCUCCUAUAUUAACUGACAUUCUGAAAGCUCCGCCCCCUCCCCUCAUCUCACAGGCAACACCUUCGAGUCACACAAACGGAGAUCAUUGUGAUGAAAUAAACAAACGAUCAACCAGUUACACACCUUUAUAUAGCUGAUACCAGUUAACAGGAUUCACAUGGGAUGCAAACAGGAAGUGACAGUUCUCGAGCGGGUCUGUUGGAAUAAGGGGAA